GGGACAUGCUGUGCGACAUUUGACUCUGCUCAUUCGCUUUUUGAGACCACAGCAUCGCGACGUCCACACAGCAUCAACUUCAAAACAUAUCUGAAUUACGGAGGAGGGAGGGCACUGUUGGAGAUAUCGACGGCUAUCCGCUACUUCAAGAAAACAAGGGAUACAAGCAACUCCUUUGAGCCGUGCUGGAGGGAUUGGUCCAAUUUCUGUCCAUAAAGUCUAGUGGCUGUCAGUGCAGUAACCUGCUUGAGGUGUCUCAUAGCUGUGAAUUGUGUCACUGUAGUUAAAUAGCAGUGGGAAUCAAAACUCUCCCACCUCCUCCUCUUCCUCCGUCUCCUCCCCCAUUUUUUUUCUCAGCCAUUUAAACCCUCCCCCUAACAAAUACACAGUAACCCACAUGCAACCCUCUGACCACUCCUCCCACACUGGUCAUGGUCCACUCCCUCUGUCUCUUCAGCCAGUCGGGCAGUGAGUCGAUGGAAGCUGUGUAAUCCUCUGUAAAGUAUAGGGCCUGUGCGCCUGCAUAUGGUCCCUUUUGUCAUGGCGGCUGUUGUUGUUGAAGAGGCCUCCCUCAGGAGAGAACAUGAGGGAGAACAGAAGGCAGCAUAACACUCACAAAGGGAGGAAGAGAGAGUGAGUGAGAGACCCUGACGUUGCCAUUUAUUUGACCAGAGGAGAAUGAGCUUCACAGGGCAAUGGAUGGAAUUCAAUGGGGUUGAAACCCCAUGAUGUGGGACUGGCAUUACUACCCCACACCAAUCACAAAUUGGACCCACAGUCUGCUUUGGAGAUAUUUGCCACACAGUGACCUGCCACAAGGAAUGCAGUAAAAUAGAGAAAAAUCCGUCGCCAUGUUCAGUUUCCAGUCCAAAUGGCGCUACAUUUUCAUGUUCCUGGGCAUCCAGCUCGUGGUCAUGGCACUGUUGUCCCGAGAGGGAUACCAGAAGAGGGUCUCAUACUUCAUCCGCAUCUUCCGCAAGCCCGACCCCACUAGUUUGUCAGGCCGCAACCACACAGCAGCUGGCAUCCCUGGAGGGGAUGUAUAUGCCAACCUCUCCCACCUAUCCAAAGCUCACAGCCAUGGAGAUGAGAUGCCCUACUGCUCUAAGACGUCCCCUCUUAUAGGUGGUCCGAUCCACGUCAGCUUUCCAUCAGGGCUCACUCUAGCAGAGGUUCAGAGGAAAAAUCCACUGGUGGUGCGCGGAGGACGCUAUAGGCCACCUGACUGUGAGGCGAGGCACCGAACAGCCAUCAUCAUUCCCCACAGACACAGAGAACACCACCUUAAGUUCCUACUAUACUACCUACAUCCUUUUCUGCAGCGACAACAGCUCCAGUAUGGAAUUUACGUCAUUCACCAGUCUGGAAACUACACUUUUAACAGGGCCAAGCUGAUGAAUGUGGGUUUCCGGGAGGCCAUGAAGGAGGAAGACUGGGACUGUCUCUUCUUUCAUGAUGUGGACCUCAUUCCGGAGGACGAUCGUAACACAUACGUCUGCGACUCCAACCCCAAGCACGCAGCCAUUGCCAUGGACAAGUUUGGCUACAAGCUUCCGUACAAGAUGUACUUUGGAGGAGUGUCAGCUCUGACACCACUGCACUACCUCAAAAUGAACGGCUUUCCCAACAACUACUGGGGCUGGGGUGGAGAGGACGAUGAUAUUGGAGUAAGAGUGUCUCUUGCGGGGAUGUAUAUUACUCGUCCAUCACUGAAGGUUGGCCGUUACAAGAUGAUUAAACACAAGCUGGACAAAGGCAAUGAUGUAAACCCAAAGAGGUUCAACAUGCUGGCCAAGACACGUCAGACCUGGAAGUCUGAUGGAAUGAACACAGUUGAAUAUGAGACAAUCUCCCGGCAAUACCUGCCCCUCUACACCAACAUCACUGUCAACAUUGGCACUGAGGCCGGCCUACAUCCACCUCCUCUGAAACGACAACCUCCUGCCAAAAUUGCAGACAAACCUGCAGUCAAAGCACCUGCCAGAGUCCCAGCAGCUGCUGAAGUCCCAGCGAAAGGCCCUGCCAAACUCAAAGAGGGCCACUCAGAGUAAUAGUCUACCCUAAGAGACCGCAAACAUGUUUUCACUUUGCCAUAACUUCGAUGGAUGGUUUCCCUCAGUGGCCUGGAUUGUUGUUGCUUAUUUUAAGCUUUUUCUUCAGUUUGCGGAGGAAUCAGUUUGUGGAGAAUCAACAUCAUAUACUGCCUGCGGACAGUGGGGCACUGAUUUGUGUGAUUCAAAACUCCUGAUUUAUUAAAAAUAAAAACAAUAGACCUGAAUUUCUCAACCCUGAGGUGACAGCUCUUCACCUUAGUUCUUCCUAGGGCGGCCACAGAGAAGAGUGAAGGGUAAAAGUUGGACUCUAUGAGUUUGUAUAUCUACAGCACUGUGGUCGCUGCUUAAACCUUGUGAUGCCUUAGAAUCUUAUUCUUCUUUAGUCUUUUUAAUUGUACUUUAUAUUAUUUAGAAUAUUGGGUUUAAUGGAGCGGUAGCUGCAAUUUGCAUCAGUCACACUGUGCCACAACAGAGUCUGACUCAUUUUCUGUCUCAACGCCAAUAAAUACGUGAGUGAAGGAGACGUUUUUUGUUUCAAACGGAGUGUGUGAAGCUGCUACAGGGAGUGCUGAGUGGAGGAACAUGACAGAUUUGUGUUACUCUUACUGCUAUUACUGACAGUGCACAUAUCCAUAUCUGUCUGCAAAUAUAUGGGGUCUUGUUUAGAAACGCUUACUACACAGAGGUGGAUGGAUCACUUUUCAGAGUUAUGGAUGCUGUACACAUAAUGUUGCUUAUUGUCAUGUUCAGUCAGAAUUACCAGUGUGAAUGAGGAAUGAAAACAUUUUAGUUCUGUACACCAAGCUCUGGUACUCUGUGAAAAUUUUGUUAGUAGUUGCAUACAUUUCAGCCUUUAAAAUUUCAGCAUAUCUGAUAUCUUCAUCAUAUGAUUGAAUUUUGUUUUGUUUUUUGCUUUUAUCAAAUGGUGUCAGUGAUCAGUCCUUUGCCUUCAGAUGAGUUUGUGAUUCACAUCAAAAUGGAGUCGGUCUUGCUUUAUUCUUUUAAAAAAUGUAUGUUGAUUAUGUAGAGUGUACUGUAUAACCCGUUAUGUAAAUGUGGCCCUGAAGAGUGCUGGCUUGCUCCCUCAACACAUUAUAUACAGUCAAUCUUUAUAAUGUGCUCUUUUUUCCCUAUACUUCGCCUAUCUUAUGUCCUUAAUUUAUAUAAAGCAUUGAGAAAUUUACUAGAAAAGGGCAUUUGCUCUGCACAAAUAAGAAUCACUUCUGCAGCAUCAUCUGACCAUUGUCGGACGUAAAGUAGAGAUGAGUAAAUGUUGAUGCUGUCAAGCAGAAGUUACAGCAGCCACAAUGACGUAGGCAAACAAGUUAUUUCAGUAGCAUGAGCCAAUGUGUUGAUGGGUAAUGGAAGUUGUUUUGCUGUUGUAACUAAAGAACAUGUUUUUUUCUUCAGUUAGGAUUAUAUUUUAUAUUUUGAGACAAUUCUCAGACAUCUUGGACUGAUUUAAUUUGAAAACCCACAAAAUAAUGUCUAAAAUCAUUGUCGUCAAGUUGACACAGGUGUGAGGUUUUCACUCAACACAGGAUAAUUUUGUGAAAAUAUACUGAGUAUCGGAGAUAUGUCACAGAUACAGCAAUAUUUAAGUUAUAUCUUGGCUCACCAAUAAGGUAAAAGGCUGUUUCUUUCUUUCUUAUCAAUAUUGACCUUGUUGCCCUGCGAUGUAACUCUGAAAAGCCAGUUCUUUAACACAUCUACCAUGUCCUUCCCACUAGUGCCCGUAUGCUGCAUGCCGACCCUCCCCUUCACCUAUAUCCGUACUGACAGAUUUGAUUGUUUACACUAGAAAAAAAAUACGCAGUCGCUUUAUCAAAAGUGUGGCUGUACUGGCAGGUGAACAGACUGAAACCAAAGACAACCGCAUGGAAAGCUGUGAUGAUGUAUGAAUGUGCGCGCGUGUGUGUGUGUGUGUGUGUGUGUAUAUAUAUAUAUAUAUAUACUCCAUAUGUUGUGAAUGAUUUCCGUUAACACUGUAUUAUGAUAUCUGAAUUGAUGGGCCUAUCAUAUCUUCCUAUCCAUAUUUGUAGCUGCUUACAAUUCUGUUCAAAGAAUUUCUAACCCAUCAUGCAUUCAGUGAAAACCACAGAUGGGACGAGGGAGGUUCAAAUGCUGUACUGAAAUUGUUUAUCUUCAUGUCAUUGUGGUGUUUGUCUGCUGAAGUGGACAAGACGAGCUUUGAUGGUGGUUGCCUGUCAUUUUCAUAAAUAGAUGACUAUAUACUGUAUUAUCAUUUUUAUGUGAAUUCAUAUUCACUUAUUCAACUCCUAUGGCCUUAGCAACUCAUAAUAGUAGUAUUUCAACACAUGGUCACUAACAGCAUCUUUAUAUCAAGAGUAAAUAUGCAUGGCAAUGAACCUGUUUGUAAGGGUGUGGGAAUGUACUGAACACAACAUGGAGAUGAUGCAUAUUCGUGCUCACCUAGAAACUAUGAAGCAUGCUGCAGGGUCUAUGUUGUGAACUGGAAACUGUCUUAUUGUGACUUUAAAAAGCAAGUUUCCAUCUGCUGUGCAGAGUGCUCCUCGCUGUUCUGUAAAAUUUGAGGAUAAGAGUAGCAUUUGUGAGCAAAAUGAGCUUCUAUUCCCAAAGUCACAAUGUACAGUCUCUGGUCAUUUACUGUGUAACACUUGACCUGAUGUUUUGGGUUUUCUUAAAGCUACUUUAGUUUUGAUUUGAUUUGACUCCCUUCUGAUGUGGAUUAGCUCAGCAACAAUAGAAAGCAGCCAUCACAAAGUAGUACUGACACAAGCAAGGGCAAUGUGGCUUUGUGAGUUAUUUCUGCUCUUUUUAUGAAUUCUGCACAGUCCCGAGUGGCCUUAAAUUCAUUAAUAAACUGAUGAUUUAAAAUAAA